UUGAAAAAAAGAAAAACAGAAAAGGAAAAUUUUCAAAUAAGAACAAUGGUAAAAUAUCGUUUUUGUUGUCGGUGACAACCAAAACCAAUCAAACCACGUAAGAAUCUUUUUCCUCCCUAAUAGAUGCCCAUGAAUCCUGAAUUUCUGGUUUGCCCAAAACUCCACCAAACAAUAAGGUUUCCAUGUUGUUCUAAAAGCAUCAGGAGCUGAUCUCACCCAGUUUCUUCCUGCUUUUUGUUAUCUGCAAUCGCUUGUUUUAUGUGACUCCAACUUCUACUGAAGAACCUAUCUCUCAAAACUCUCUUGGAGGCUGAAAAGUCUCCCUGAAGCUGUCAAACCAAUCAUGAUGCAAGUCGAAAUCCAGUCAACGAACCAAGGAGCAGGUUUGGAGCAUAGGUCGCCUGCAGCCAUGAACCAAGAAAACCCAUCUCAUCUACUUCCCAUCACCAACAACAACCCCAAAACACCAAAAAAAUUGACCCUUAUCCCUCUCAUCUUUCUAAUCUAUUUUGAAGUUGCUGGCGGCCCCUUUGGCGAAGAACCCGCUGUUCGGGCUGCAGGCCCUCUCUUUGCUCUUCUGGGGUUCCUUCUGUUCCCUUUUAUCUGGAGUGUCCCCGAAGCUCUCAUCACUGCAGAGCUUUCUACUGCUUUUCCUGGUAAUGGUGGCUUUGUUAUUUGGGCUGAUCGUGCUUUUGGUCCAUUCUUUGGCUCCCUGAUGGGAUCUUGGAAAUUCUUGAGUGGUGUCAUUAACAUCGCGGCUUUUCCAGUUCUGUGCGUAGACUAUCUGAAGAAGAUUAUCCAUCCUUUGGAGUCGGGCAGGCCUCGGCGCAUUUCUAUUUUGAUUUCAACAUUAGUAUUAUCUUUUGUAAACUAUACUGGAUUAACCAUUGUUGGUUGGGCUGCUGUUUUGCUGGGUGUUGUUUCGCUUUUGCCUUUUAUCAUAAUGUGUCUCAUAGCAAUCCCCAAGAUCCAUCCCCAUAGAUGGCUUAGUUUAGGCCAGAAAGGUGUGAAAAGGGACUGGAAUCUGUUUUUCAAUACCCUUUUCUGGAAUUUGAACUUUUGGGACAAUGUUAGUACUCUUGCUGGGGAAGUUGAUAAACCCCAGAAGACGUUUCCUCGUGCUCUUCUUGUAGCAGUGAUUUUCACUUGCGUAGCAUACCUGGUUCCACUCUUUGCGGUCAUUGGGGCUGUUUCCGUCGAUCAAACUGCUUGGGAGUCCGGAUUUCAUGCUGUUGCUGCAGAGAUGAUUGCAGGGAAGUGGCUAAAAUUCUGGAUUGAAGUGGGUGCUGUGUUAUCAGCAAUUGGUUUAUUUGAAGCUCAAUUAAGCAGCAGUGCUUAUCAACUCGAGGGUAUGGCAAAUUUAGCCAUUUUGCCCAAGUUUUUUGGUACCAGAUCCACAUGGUUCAACACUCCUUGGGUGGGGAUACUGCUUUCAACUUUGAUCACAAUUGGUAUGUCAUAUAUGGAUUUUACAGAUAUCAUAUCAUCAGCAAAUUUCUUGUACAGUUUGGGAAUGCUCCUGGAAUUUGCAUCUUUUAUUUGGCUGAGGAGAAAAUUGCCUGAGACAAAAAGACCUUACAGGGUUCCUCUGAGGAUGCCAGGACUGGUAGUCAUGUGCUUGAUACCAUCAGCAUUCCUUAUAGUUAUUAUGGUUAUUGCCACUAAAAUUGUGUACUUGAUUAGUGGAUUGAUGACUAUGGGCGCCAUUGGAUGGUACUUUCUGAUGAAUUUUUGCAGGAAAAAGAAGGUAUUUAAGUAUAUCAGUGUUGAAGAUGAAGAAAGAUGAUCAAGAUACAACUCGCCGAGGCAAAUGCAGGAUGAAAUUACACAUCAAGUUUCUUCUUCUUCUUCUUUUUUUUUUUGUUAUUAUUAUUAGCAGCCAACAGUCAAUUUAUUAAUUUAAAGGGGCACAUGUGGCUGGCUGAAUAUUUGGUUUAAUGAUGAAUGCAUGUAUAAUGGGACAUUUGGCUUCGACUAUGUGCGUGAAUAGAGCCCACCUAUAAAUUAAUCAGAAGUAUGUACGAAAAAUGAACUUGUUACGUGCCUAUAAAUGGAAUCUUCCAUGUUUUACCCAUCUCAGUCUUUUGCUCUCUUUCGACCCACUCUUCUGGAGAUUUUUGUUUCAUUGAGAAGGAAAAGUUGGAUUUUUUUUUACUAGGAUUUCUUUAGCAACAAUCUACAGCAUCCGGACAGGAAGGUGGAAUUUUCUAACUGAGGUUUGCCAAG